UUCAACCUGUCUGCAGCAACAGAAAAAACAACGGAGUUAGCGUACGUCGGCUUAUUGAAAAAACAUGUGCCCAAAGCGAAAUCUUUCGUGUGGUCGAAUUUAAGACCCUUCGCUUUAGAUUCCACUUUGCCAAAGAUGUCUGAUAAUAAGGAAAAUUGCGUGGCCCUCAAUUUUACCUUACGGUCUAAUACCGGAAAAAAGGGUAUCAAGUGGACAUUGGUCAAAUGUGAUACACAAAGGUCGAAAAUACGUUUGUGUGAAUUGGAAGUUAAUCUGGCUCCUAAUUUGACUGGACUAAUGGCUCAGCUAAAAACAAAAAAACAACGCAGUGAUCUGUGGAGAAGCAAGA